AUGAAGUUCGACCGCAAUAAAGACGGCGGAGAAGACGAGGAAGAUCGCGUGCCGGCGGCGGAAGCAGCGCGACGUCGCUUCUUUCCGCCGCCAGGUAAGACGAUGAUGAACGAAGAGAACGCCUUGAGAACCUUUCGAGAAGGUUUAGGUUUCAAAACGGCGACAAAGAAGGUAAAGAAACAAAAACGACAAAGUUUUCACAGCGCUUCUUUCGCCACGGCGCACACGCAACCAAUGCAAGCGCCUACCUUUGCAAACUCUCCUGCGAAGAAAGCGUCGUCUUCAUCAUUUUUGACGCGAACGCCUGGUAAAAAACAUCGCGCGUCCGAUGCGGCGCUUUCGUUUCGAACGACGACGACGACGACGCAAAAAAUACCAAAACCUAAUAAUUUUAAAAGUGUUUCGGCAACGACGUCGACGGACACGACGACAAGUUCGUUAACAGAAACUGUCGUGAUGACCCAUCCGGACGUGCUCCAACGGCGUGAACAACGCGAUGAUGCAGACGAAAUGCUUCAAUUUCUUAACGAAAACAAGGAGAACGAAAAGACGCGUCGUAUGAAGAAGCGCACGCUCCUGGACGCUCUGCAAACAGGAGGAGCAGGAGACGAAGAAGCGCCUGAUAAAAACAAUACCAAGCCUCCCGACUGGAUCAAGGUCCAGCGCGAUUCGAGAAAUGUCGCGCGCGGAGAGAAAUUAGUCGCGAACGAGUUGAUGCGCGCGAUGCAGUUAGACACGGAAGUAAACGGUGAGUUGAUUCCGGACGCCUCGUCGCUUUUUAUUCCAACCGGCGCUUUGGAACAACUCCCGCCGUUCGCGCGUUGGUAUUGGAGCGUCAAAUCGCAAAUGAUGGACUGCUUAGUGUGCGUUCAAGUCGGUCGCUUCUUUAAUCUUUUUCAGAACGAUGCUGAUACGGGCGAAACGGUUGGUUUGCGACCAUCCGGGAAGAAUCGCGGUUUCAUGCGCAAAGUUGGCUUCCCGUACGUGGUUUUCGACGACUGGUGCGCGAAGCUCAUCGCUCAUGGAUAUUGCAUCGCGAAAUGCGUCGAAGGGAAAGAGAUUGACACCAAGAGGAAACUCUGUGAACGAAAAAUAACAGAGAUUAUCACACCUGGUUUGAAUAAAGGAUUUGUUGACGAUACGAACCAAGAGUCGUGGGUUUGCACGCUCGCUCAAGAGGGCGACGACUUCCUCGGCGUUUGCUUAAUCGACGCCGAUAAAGGAAACGUCAAAUUCGGUUCGUUCAAAAUUUCAAUCGACAGUAACAAAAACAGUAUCAACGAAUCACUCGUAAACAACGGCGACGAUACCAACGAUGAUACAUCCGCUGCUUUUGCGAAGCUGAUCUCGAUUCUUACGCAAGCUCGUCCGAAAGAAAUUAUUAUUUCUUUGAGAGGGCCAAACUCCAUUCGACGCAACGUGAAACGCGCAAUACAACGACACUACGAGAGUGUGAGCGCCGGUGCUUUUGCAUCAGAACGAGUACACGACCAACACGACGAUGUGGAUGAUUACGACGAGAGCUAUGCGAGUCACGCGUCGUUACGAAACAAUCCAGUCGUCCGAGUCAUCGAGAGAGGCUGCGAUCCUCUCCCGGAGAUAUCUAUCGAUGAUGUGAAGAGGGCUAUUCGUCAAUUUGCCGGUGAAGCUGAGUUCGAAACAGACACGGAUACGCGAAGAGCAGUGGAAGGCGCAGGAAAUGCUGGACUCGUUGCGCUGGCGUUCGGUAUUCGAUUCUGUGCCUGGGCAGGUCAGUGUGAAUCAAUCUUCAAGUCCGCUAAAUAUGGUUCCCUAGCCUCGCUCGUCAACAUCGAUUUCGACGACGUCCAAAACCAUGAUAACAACAACAGCGGUCCGUUGCGUCAACGUAAAACAAUGCUCGAAUUUCACGGCAACGCGUUGAAAGAGCUCGGCGUAACCGAUGGAGGUAAAAAAUCUUUGAUUGGUUUACUUUCUCGGGAUUGUAUUACGCCGCAUGGUAAGCGACGGGUGCGCGAUAUGGUUUUCAGCCCUCUCGUACAAAUCUCGGAUAUCACGACCAGACAGGAUACAAUACAGUUCCUACUUAAAGAUGCAGACGAGCAACGCGCUGCCACGGCGAACGAACACAACUAUGAAACGCGCGAAUACUUGAAACGAAAGCUCCCGCGUGGUGAUUGUGAACGCUCAUUGACGAAGUGUAUGAACCUAGCGCAAUGUUGCGCUACAAUGUGCGCGGCGAAUGCGAACGUAUUGAUCGAGGGCACCGAUCCAAGCGCUCAGACGCAAUGCCGCGAUGCUGUCAUCACGCUGACCGCGGCAACAGUUGGGGGCGCUCCAAACUCCGACGAGCUUUACGGAAACGCCAUGGAAAGCCUCAACGAAGGUGAAACUCUCGACGACGCUUUGGUUGCGUUUUGGGAGUUGAACCAAUCGCGCCUCGAUGGCUUCUCGAAAGCAGUCGAAUGCUUGAUGAUUUUAGCCAAGUCUUUGAAAGGAUUAGCGGCAUUCCGAAGAGAACAAAGAAACGUUCCUAUAAUAAUCGACAAAGCAAUUGCACUCGGCGAAACCGCGUGUCCGCUUCUCGAAGACUUGCGCGAAGCGCUCAGGGUGGAUAAAAUCAACGACGAAGAAAACGCGCGCAGAAAAAUUCGAAUCGUGACACCUGAUAAAAGAGCAUUUAAAACGUACGCCCGAGCCGACGCUGACGCAGUAGAAGCGGACAACGAAAGGAACAUACAGCGUCAACAGAAGCAACAACGUCGUGAUUUCGACGUGGAACAGUUCGGAAUGAUGAUGGACGAUGAAGACGACGACGUGGAAAACCAAAUGCUGGAAGAUGAACGCGCUGCGUAUUUGUUUGACCGCGCCGACCGUGCUGGAGCCCGAGCUUUUACGACGGUUAUUGCGCAAUUUGCGACGCACAAGUGCUUAUGGCGUGCACUCAUUAACGCUGGUGCUGAUAUUGAUGCCUUGAACUCAUUCGCUCGUCUAAAAGCCGAAGAUACGGCGAAUGAUUUCUGCGUACCGAGGUUUCUGAGUUUGAACAAGAGCGAUGGAACACCCAUCGUUUCGCUGACGAAUUUCUGGCAUCCGCUCUUGGAUGCAUCGCAACGAAAUAUUGUGAAGAACGACGCGCAAUUCGGUGGAAGCUGUUGCGAUAACGAUGGCGGUCAGCCGAGGGAAUGCCCUAGGUUUGUUCUCUUGUCUGGACCAAACAUGGGCGGGAAAAGCACUCUCGCGCGAGCAGUUGGACUUACCAUCGUUCUCGCGCAAGUAGGAGCGCACGUGCCUGCAUCCGAGUGCGUAUUAACGCCCAUUCACCAACUCGUGGUGAGAUGUGGAACGCUUAGAGACGACUUACGAGCUGGCGUUUCCACUUUUCUCGCGGAAACGCAGGCGUGCGCAACAGCGAUGAAGGUGGCGAACAAGAAUACAACUUCGCUUAUGAUUAUGGAUGAAAUUGGCCAAGGUACGAGUACUUCUGACGGGUACGCCAUAGCAUCAGCCGUUGCUCGAGCGUUGAUGAAAUCAAACACGGCAAUCACUCUGUUUACGACGCAUUUUCACGACUUACAUGAAAAUUUAGCCUCCUCGAGCGCGUUGCGCUUCGCGUCGUGCCACAUGUCGAGCGAAAUAAACGAAAAGACGCGCGAUGUCGUGCGGUAUAAUUACAAACUGUGCGACGGUUCUGCCCCGUUUGGUUCGUGCGGACUUUCUGUCGCCAGACUUGCAGGCCUGGAUGAUACCAUACUCCAAAAGAGCCAACGCGUAGCGCGUUCAUUGCAGACGACCAGGGUGCUCGCCGUGAACACGAAGCGCACGAAAAACGUCAUUUUAUCAAACGAGGCGCUGAGCGCGUUUAAGCAGCUCCUUCGUGAUCCAGGGGUGAACGGGGAGCACAUCGCGAAUGAACGUGAAUGGUGCAUCGAAUUCUAUCAGUAUUGGAAGUAUGUUGAAAGACUUCUAGCGCUCUGA